AGGCUCAAAACUCAAAUGGGUCCCACAACAUACAACAACAAAGAUCACCACCAUGCAUUUUCUCUCUUAUAUAAAUAACCGCCAUAUCUUCCAGUAUUAGAAAGAAAAUUAAAAAUCAAAAUCACAGUAACAAUUUUCUCUCUUCUUCUUCUUCUUCUUCUUCUUCAAUACUAAAAAAAAACACUAGUUCUUCUUCUUUUUUGUUUCUUUGUUAUAUCAUAAUGGGAAUUCCAGAGAAAGAUCCUCUCUCACAGUUGAGUUUACCACCUGGUUUCAGAUUCUUCCCCACUGACGAGGAACUUCUUGUGCAGUAUCUAUGUCGCAAAGUUGCUGGACACCAUUUUUCUUUGCCAAUUAUUGCUGAAAUUGAUUUAUACAAAUUCGAUCCCUGGGUUCUUCCAGGCAAGGCAAAUUUUGGUGAGAAAGAAUGGUAUUUUUUCAGUCCAAGGGAUAGAAAAUAUCCGAAUGGUUCUCGACCUAACAGAGUUGCUGGGUCGGGUUACUGGAAAGCGACGGGAACUGACAAAAUUAUCACAACUGAAGGUAGAAAAGUUGGCAUAAAAAAAGCACUUGUUUUCUACAUUGGAAAAGCACCAAAAGGCACAAAAACUAAUUGGAUUAUGCACGAGUAUCGCCUUCUUGACGCUUCGCGGAAACACAACCUUGGAAGCUCAAAAUUGGAUGAUUGGGUUCUAUGUCGCAUAUACAAGAAGAACUCAAGCUUACAGAAGGAAGUUCGAACAUUUUCAAGCAAAGAAUGCAGCAAUGGAUCAUCGCCUUCAUCCUCAUCACACGCGGAAGACAUGUUAGACACGUUCCUGGAAAUCAAUGACCAAAGCUUUGAGCUUCCACGAGUGACAUCGCUCCAAAUGCAACAUCAAGAGGAGAAAUUCGGGUUUCAGAACAUGGGCGCCAGAAUUUUCCCUGAUUGGGUUAGCCCUCCGGAUCUUGAAUCAAUACCUGAAUUUGAUUCAGAGAGCCAAACACAAGGGAUGUUGAAUUAUAGUUGUAAUGACUUUUGCGUCCCUUCGGUUACGCCAUUUGGCCACAUGGAUUUGUCCUCGACGUCCAAGAACCCCACGGACGAAGAGGUUCAGAGUGGCAUGAGGACACACCGGGUUAACGAAAUUUCCAGUUUAUAUCAACAUAAUCCUAAUGGAUUUUUGUGGAACUUGGGUGAUCCGUUUCAGUUUGGGUAUUCAGGUCAUUAAUAUUGGUGAAAUUAGAAAUUAAACAAUUUAGAUUAAGAGAGACACAUCAGGACAGAUAAAGCAUCAAAUUCAAUUAGGUCAAUGGAAUUUAUGUAUAAUAUUUAGACCGGUAAAUUUUGGACUUAAACCUAACUAAGUCACAAGGAAUUUGAUUGAAAAAUGAAAUUAUAUGCGUCAGUUAGCAGAGUAAUGCAGAAUGCACUGCACAUGUGCAAUAAUAAUUGGUGAUUCAUUGUCAAUUCAAUGUGACAGCUUGGUUUGAUUAUGUCAUAGAUCCAAAAUUAGAAUGGGGAAAUAUGCAGUUUUUGGUAAUGGAUUGAUGUAUGCAUGCAAAUAUAUAUACAAUGAAUCUGUAUAGUGGUCACUAGGAAAGUGAAUGUAAUGGUGCAUGAACCCAUUAAUUCCACAACUUAAAACUAGUUCUGUCAGUUUUGCAACUUUGCAUGACAUUAUUUGGCUGUAGCAGGCAAAUUUCGGCUAGGCCACAUGAAAUGAAACACGUUGUACCUAAA